CGCCACCCUGCGGAGGUGUUUGUUCCUUUUAGUCGGUCGUCUAGGGUUUCCUUCCCGUGCAAGAAGGCAGAGGGGCGGCGGCGACGACGAAUCCAGUCCAGAAAAGAAAGAAGGGAGAGGGGCGGCGGCGGCGGCGGUGAAUCCAGAUGGAGAUAGAGAUGGAGUCGUCGAGUGUCGAGUCUUGUGAGCCGGGGGAAAGAUCUGUGGCGGGGAAGAUAUCUAAGAUGGGGGGAACAGGGAAUGCGGUGGUGGCGAUGGCGACGACGGGGAAGAAGACAUAUGAGCAGGCGUUUCUGGCGACGACGGGGAAGAAGAUAUCGUUGCAGGCGUUGCUGGGGACGAUGGGGAAGAAGACAUCUAAGCAGGAGUUGCUGGCGACGACGGGUAACACAUCUAAGCAGGAGUUGCUGCCGACGGGGAAGACUGCGGGAUCUGAAGUGCGGAAGGCGGCGGUGUUGUUGAUGCAGGUUGCGAGCUUGCGUGGAGGGGCGGGUGAUGUGAGAGAGACGAGGGAGCGCCUGAUUGGCCAGUCUCUGGAGGCUCUGUCGAAUGCAGAAGUGUUGGCCUCACUGGAAGAGGAGGAACCAAGGAGAACGAUAUCUCAGGAAGCCAAAACUGAUCUAAUUGCCUACCAAGCCUGUGAUCAGGAGGAGGCGGCGCCGGAGCUCGUGGUGCAGAUUAUGUCGGAUGAUGACGAUGACUAUGUUAAGUGUGAAGCAGCAGCUUCUGAAGAGGCAUGUGAUCCAGCUUUUAUUCUCGAGAAUGACACAAUGACGACAAUGAUUGUAGCGGACCCCGCUAGGGGGGAAAUUGGCCUGGCUGAGGAGGUGGAUGUGGCGGCUAAAAGUGGACAGCAGAAGAAGAGAGUUAAUCUGUCGACUGAAGAAUUUUCGGCGCUACUGGAGGAGGAGGAAGCAGGGAGAAAGAUGGCUCACAAAGGCAGCACUGAUCCAAAUGCCUACCAAGCCUCUGCUCAAGUGGAUGAUGAUUGGUCUGAUAAGGAGGAGCGGCAUGAGGCGAUGGAGCUCCUGAAGCAGAAUAUGGCGGAUGACGAUGAUGAGUCUGCCAAGUUUGAAGCAGCGGCGCCUGAAGAGGCUACUGGGGAUGAGAUAAGGAUCUCUGAGGAAGCGGCCGAGGUAGCUGCUGAGGAGGAGAUGAUGAUGAUGGGAUUUGGGGGGCUGGCCGAGGAGGCGGCUGAGGAGGCGGCUGAAAGUUGGGAGCAGAAGAGGAAGAGGAGAGGUGACCUGUCGAUUGAUGAAAUGAUGGCUAGAACGAGAGAGAUGGUAGGGGAAGUGCCUGAGGAGGCCAACACUGAUCAUAAUGCCUACUGUGCCCGUGUUUACCGUGAAGAUUGGGACUGGCUCUUUGCCCCACUCUACGGUCCCUUCGACAAGACCACGUCUAUCCCACCCUCGUGUUGCAGCCACCAUCACCGUAACUCCUUGGUCAGGCCACAGCAGACUCUUCAGAUCUUCUCAAUCAAAGUCGGAAAGAUAAAGAAGCCCCUAAUGUGGCCAUUGCAUGUUUUUGGUUCAGUCGCUGUACGGGAUAAGGUGGAUCACAAUCGCAUUAUGGUCUUCCAUCGCCAAAGGGAGAACUGUCAAACCCUCACCAAGAAGGAUCGGUCUCUUAUGCUGACGGGUCCCACCCGUGGAGUUGUGGUGGAUGUACAUCCUACGUAUAUUGAAGUUGAUCUGAAAGUUAAGGGCACCACUGAAUCGGAGGACAUGGAUUUAAGCUAUUUAGUAGUUGCGUCUUCUCCUGGCGGCCCGUCUUAUCGUGCUGAAGCUAGCAAGCGUAGCACAUUGGAGUUGACAUAUGUUCGAAUGUACGACUCUGUGGAAGCCGCAAUCAGUGUGAAAUUGAAAAAAGAUGGGUCAUGGCCUGGUUGCCGAGGUUUAUUUACUGCCAGUACAGCUAGUUUAGAAGACAUGGAAAUCUUGUUGCUUGCUUUUAAAGGUGAUAGAUUGCCAGUUAAUGGUAAAGGAAGGAUUGAGUUUUCACGCCGUGUAGUCAGCGUCGAGCUUCGCGGUAAGCUAAUAUUUUCUGCGAAGGCACUGCAAGGUAGUGAUGAGAAAGGUGUGAGAAGAGUUCGUAAGACUUUUACUCCCAAAAGAGCUGGUAAAAGCAAGGAGAAUAUUAAGAUUGGUUCCUGUGAGAUGGAGGUAACUGUGACAUGGUCCCUUCUUCCGAGUUGCAAGUUUGACUAUGAUAAUUCUUUGUAAAGAGCUUAAGGUUGGCUUCCGUGUUCUCUUCUCUGGCAAUCUGAGGUAACUGGCUUUGCUGUUAUGUUGUGUUAUAGUCCAGUGGUACUCUAAUGGACGGUUGUCAAGUUGUCUGAAGUUAUAUUCUGUACUUAUGACACUAUUAUGAGUAUGCUUUAGUAUCAA